AUGGGUGUCAAGGAAUUCUUCAAGAAGCGCUCCCUCAAGGUCUCAGACAGCAGCGUCACGAGGGCAGCCGAGCUGACGGUUCGCGAGUCUCUCUGGCCCAUCACCCUCGUUACCCUGCUGUUCUUCCUCUGGGGCUUCAGCUAUGGCCUUCUCGACACUCUGAACAAGCAUUUCCAGAAUGUGCUUGGCAUCACUCAGGCCCGCUCUGCCGGUCUCCAGGCUGCUUACUUUGGAGCCUACCCCAUCGCCUCCAUUGGCCACGCGUCAUGGAUCCUUCGCCACUACGGAUAUCGCGCCGUCUUCAUCUGGGGCCUCUGCCUAUACGGCCUGGGUGCCCUGCUGGCCAUUCCGGCUGUCAAGGCCAAGAGCUUCGGAGGGUUCUGCGUCUGCAUCUUCAUCAUUGGUAACGGCCUUGGAUCUCUCGAGACGGCUGCCAACCCUUUCAUCACUCUCUGUGGCCCUCCUCGCUACUCGGAAAUGCGCAUCAACUUCUCCCAGGCCUUCAACGGAAUCGGAACAGUCAUCGCCCCCGUCAUCGGAUCAUACGUCUUCUUCGACUUUAGCGACGACGACGCCGUGGAAAACGUGCAAUGGGUUUACCUAGCCAUCGCCGCAUUUGUCCUGAUGAUGGCCGUCGUCUUUUUCUUCUCGAAACUGCCGGAAAUCACUGACGCUGACAUGGCAUACCAAGUCCAGGAGACACACGCCGACGCGGACGAGAAACCGUUCCACAAGCAGUACAAGCUCUUCCACGCCUCCUUCGCCCAAUUCUGCUACACGGGCUCUCAGAUUGCCCUCGCCUCCUUCUUCAUCAACUACGCGACUGCCACGCGCGCCGAUACCGACGACGCUGCGGGCGCCCAAUUCCUCGCUGGUGCGCAGGCUGCCUUCUCUGUUGGCAGGUUCAUCGGCGCCUUGAUCAUGCGCUUCGUGCGACCCCGCAUAGUCUUCCUGGUCUUUCUGACAUUGUGCAUCGCCUUCAUGAUACCAGCCAUCGUCGUGCCCGAGCUGAUUGAAAAGUCCAACGUCGGCGUCGUCAUGCUCUACAUGGUGCUGUUCUUCGAGUCCAUCUGCUUCCCCACCAUCAUCGCCCUGGGUCUACGCGGUCUUGGACGCCACACGAAGCGUGGCAGCGGUUACAUUGUCGGUGGCGUCUCCGGUGGCGCCGCCGUCCCCGCCAUCACCGGCGUGGCCAGCGACAGGCACGGAAACGGCAUGGGCCUCAUUGUGCCCCUCAUCUUCUUCGUCGCCGCCUGGACGUACCCCCUUGCCGUCAACUUUGUUCCGUCCUAUACCAAGGUGGUGGACUCGUUCAACGCGGCCGAGGUCGGCCUCAAGAACCGCAACGUCGACCCCGAAGCCAAGCUGGCUGAAGCGGCGGCUCCGAAGCAGUCGAUGGAGGAGAGGGCCGAGUUUACUGAGAACAAGGCCGACGAGUGA